UUUACGGCACGGCGGGGUGACGGCGAGGCUCUCAAAGCCGUGCGGGCUGGGACAGGGAGCUUUUGCGACAGAAGAGGAAACGACAGCCGCAGGCACCUUUACGACGCAGGGGGUCCGCCCCACCUUCAGCUUGGCAACAGCGGCGCCGACGACCCCGCCCUCGCCGAGGCACGCGGCCCCUCUAGGAAGCCGCUUUACGGCGGGCGGAGGGGUUGUGUUCCCCUCGCGCCACAGCCUUCGCAGCGGUGUAUCCGGGACCUGCGGCCUCGGGUCUGGGGGCUCUGGGGUGUACAACUCGGGAUGCAGUCCACCGCGCUCCAGGUCAACUUGCUCGCACUCCCACAAACCUGGUGAAGACCGACCCCGGAGCAUCCUAAAAAACAGCAGCUCCAUCUUGAUGCAGAAGUGCCUCCAUGCGGACAAGCUGCAGGACGGUGAUGAGGACCUGCCUGGAGCAUCCUCUCGCACAGUGACUCCUGAGGCGCUGGCUGAGAGGUUUGCAACAAUGGACAAUUUGUACCCCAAGGUCCUACAGUACGAUGAUAACAGAAGCCCAGGGUCUUCAGACAACUAUUCCAAGACACGUGAGAUGAGGGGUUGGGACUGAGGAGAAAGGGGAGGCAGAGUGAACCCUCCAUGGGAGUCUGGCAGGAAAGCCAAGCUCUCACAAUGGCCCACAGACUCCAGUGAUUUUGAAAAGCACCGAAAGUCACACUACAAUGAAGGAAAGUUCCUUAAAGCUCAGAAAAAUCCUUCUUCCAGUAAUAAGCACAGCGACGGGGCUAGCACUAGCAUGGGCAGUAGCAGUCGAGGCAUGAUGCGGGACCCAGAGCCCAGGCCUGCGGAGAGAGGCUGGCCGGGAGGACUGGCCAGAGGAGUCAAAGAUGAGAUUGGCCUGGUGACCAGGAACCACCUCUUGGAAGUCAAGGGUCAGCUGUGGUGCCUGAGAGGGAGGAGAUGGGAGGCACCCCCAGGGAAGAUAGAAGGGGGAGGAGGUGGGGUCCUCAGCAUGAUGGCCCUCGGGAAGCCUGAGACAGGCUUGGGGAAUGGAUAGGUCACCAGGGUUUUCUCACAUGGGAGGAGGACACAGAAUUGAGAUGAAAAUCGGGGGCCUGAGCUUCUCCCCUGAGGGAGGGCAUUAUGGACACCUGGGGGUCCUAGACCCCCGACAUGGCUGGAAGACUCAGAUCAUUGGGGUGACUCUCCAGAUUCCCAUAGCUUCCGAAAUCAGUGCCCAGUUUCAGCCGCCAUCACGUCAGACAAGGAGAUUGACCUGCAACGCAAAGAGUAUUAUAGCAAAGGGAGGUACCUGAGGUGCUCCCCACACCCGGAGCUCGAGGAGGACACAGAAGAUGAGCAUGACCAGCAGGACAGCUCCGUAAAUUUUAACUGGGUGAUUCAGAACCCCAUAAGCACAGAGGUCCGUCUGCUGGACCACACAGGAAACCCUGUUCAGGAUCACCAGGCCACUGAAGACUGCCUGACGGGGACAGUGGCGACAUCACAGCCUGGUGAGGGCACCAGGCCACAAUGUCUGGCUCUUGACAAGCACUCAGCCCCCCAGCUCCCCUUCUUUGCAUACCGGUGGAUCAGCAGUGGUUACUGAGCAUGGUCCCAAGCAUCCUGGUGUGCAAGGCUUGUGUUGUUCAGAGAGGAACCAGGAGGCUCCAAAGGAUUUGGGGCCCUCUCCAGCAUGGCACUAUCCACUGGCCCCACGCCUGCUCCCUGACUCCUCUCUGCUACCCGCCCCCCUCCAGGAGCUGGCCUGUCCUCCAAAGACAGAGCAGAGUUGGGCUGGUGUCAGUGGCUGGUAUCCAAGGGGCUCAACUGGCAGGGCCCAGAAAGCUUGGAGAGAGAACCUGGAAGCAACCGAAUCUCCCCACACCCAAACCAAUGCAGACGUGAGCCCAGGCAGGGGCGAGGGGCUGCCCGUGCUGGCCAGGGAGGGAGAGGGCCUGAGUGGGUAGGUUCCAGGGAGUUUCGGAGUAACGUGGGCCGGAUCUCCUGGCCGCUUCAAGAAAGCCAGUAGCCCAGUCCUUUCUCUCUGCAGAUGAAACCCUGCGGCUUCGCUGGACACAAGAGGAGGAAGCCAGACAAUGGAAAAUGUAGGCAGCUGGGGAUGGGGUGGGGGCCAGCCCCUCCCAGCCCUCACCACAAUUGAGGUGGGCAAUAAAGAGACACGCAGGAGUCUGGGUGCUGUGAGUUGUGACUGGGCCUGCUAGGUCAGUGAGGACAGGAGGAGCGAGGGACCUCUGCACACAGGAAACCACAGCAGGGGGAGCCCAGAAGAGAACUGGGAGUGCCUUGGGAUACUGGAUCAGCAGGGGUCUGUGAGGCCCAGAAGACCCAUCUGCAGCAGGGUGACAGUGAUUGGUGUGGUACCGCCAACCCACCAAUCCUAACCUUACCAAUAGCACCAUGAAUUCUUACAACCCUGGGAGGGCAGCGGGGGGGAGGGAGAGCGAGUUACCAAGCCCAUCUUCCAGAUGGUACACCUGAGGAUUCAGAGAGCUCACCCAGGGUUACCUCACCUCUCUGAGUGACUGAAUGAGUAUUUGACCCCCUAUGUGCCUCCCCAACCCCCACAACUAAAGGAGAAAGAAGCAGAGACUAGAGCUCCCAGUAGGAAGAGGACAGCACAGUCUCCGUGGGCGGGGCUGUGGCUUCCUGCCUUCCCCCGCCUCUGCCCCUCCCAGAGCUGCCAGCAAGUGUGAGGGCCAAUCAAGUGGAGAUGACCGUCAAGCUGGAUUUUGAGGAGUGUCUCAAGGACUCACCCCGCUUCCGAGCCUCUAUCGAGCUGGUGGAAGCCGAGGUGUCAGAGCUGGAGGCCCGGCUAGAAAAGCUUCUCAAGCUGGGGAAUGGCCUCCUGGAAAGUGGGCGCCACUACCUGGCCGCUGGCCGCACCUUCAUCGCUGGCAUUUGUGACCUGGCCCGCCUGGGUCCACCAGAGCCCAUGAUGGCGGAGUGUCUGGACAAGUUCACCACGAGCCUCAGCCACAAGCUGGACAGCCAUGCGGAGCUUUUAGAUGCCACCCAGCACACGCUGCAGCAGCAGAUCCAAACCCUAGCCAAAGAAGGUCUCCGGGGCUUCCGAGAGGCUCGCCGGGAUUUCUGGAAGGGGGCUGAGAGCCUGGAGGCUGCUCUUAUCCACAACGCUGAGGUCCCCAGGCGCCGGGCCCAGGAGGCAGAAGAGGCGGGCGCUGCCUUGAAGACUGCGCGGGCUGGGUACCAGGGACGAGCCCUGGAUUAUGCCCUGCAGAUCAACGUGAUUGAGGACAAGAGGAAGUUUGACAUCAUGGAGUUUGUGCUGCGGCUGGUGGAGGCCCAAGCUAUCCAUUUCCAGCAGGGCCACGAGGAGCUGGGCAAGCUGGCCCAGUAUCGCAGGGAGCUGGGCGCCCAGUUGCACCAGCUGGUCCUGAAUUCAGCUCGUGAGAGGAGGGACAUGGAGCAGAGACACGUGCUGUUGAAGCAGAAGGAGCUGGGUGGGGAGGAGCCAGAGCCAAGCCUAAAGGAAGGGCCUGGUGGCCUAGUGAUGGAAGGACACCUCUUCAAACGGGCCAGCAACGCAUUUAAGACCUGGAGCAGACGCUGGUUCACUAUUCAGAGCAACCAACUGGUUUAUCAGAAGAAGUACAAGGACCCCGUGACCGUGGUGGUGGAUGACCUUCGCCUCUGCACUGUGAAGCUCUGCCCCGACUCAGAAAGGCGGUUUUGCUUUGAGGUUGUGUCCCCCAGCAAGUCCUGCCUCCUGCAGGCUGACUCGGAGCGUCUCCUGCAGCUGUGGAUCAGUGCUGUGCAAAGCAGCAUCGCCACGGCCUUCAGCCAGGCUCGCCUCGAGGACAGCCCCCGGGGUCCAGGCCAGGGCUCAGGAUACCCCGCCAUGAGCUCCUCUGCUACCCUGGGCUGUGGCGGGAUGAGCAAGGGCAGGGAACCAGGCGGAGCUGGGCACGUGGCAGCCCAGGUGCAGAGCGUAGACGGCAAUGCCCAGUGCUGUGACUGUCGAGAGCCAGCCCCAGAGUGGGCCAGCAUCAACCUGGGUGUCACUCUGUGCAUCCAAUGCUCGGGCAUCCACAGGAGCCUCGGGGUUCACUUCUCCAAAGUCAGGUCUCUGACACUUGACUCAUGGGAGCCAGAACUGGUAAAGCUUAUGUGCGAGCUGGGGAAUGUCGUCAUCAACCAGAUCUAUGAGGCCCGCGUGGAGGCCAUGGCAGUGAAAAAACCAGGGCCCACCUGCUCCCGGCAGGAGAAGGAGGCCUGGAUUCAUGCCAAAUAUGUGGAGAAGAAGUUCCUGACCAAACUUCCUGAGAUUCGAGGGCGAAGAGGUGGCCGGGGGCCCUCCAGGGGGCAGCCUCCUGUGCUCCCCAAGCCUUCCAUCAGGUCCCAGCCGGGAAGCUGCAGAGCCAGGCCAGAGCCCCACUCCGAUGACCUGGGCAGCCUCCACCCAGGGGCCCUGCUGUUUCGAGCUGCCGGGCACCCUCCAUCCCUCCCCACCAUGGCCGAUGCCCUCGCCCACGGAGCUGAUGUCAACUGGGUCAACGCAGCUCGGGAAAAUGCCACGCCACUGAUCCAGGCCACGGCUGCUAAUUCUCUUCUGGCCUGUGAGUUUCUCCUCCAGAACGGGGCGAACGUGAACCAGGCGGACAAUCACGGCCGGGGGCCGCUGCACCACGCAACCAUUCUGGGCCACACCGGGCUGGCCUGCCUGUUCCUGAAACGGGGAGCCGACCUGGGAGCUCGGGACUCCGAAAACAAAGACCCCCUGACGAUCGCCAUGGAAACGGCCAACGCUGACAUCGUCACCCUGCUACGCCUGGCAAAGAUGAGAGAGGUCGAGGCGGCCCAGGGCCAGGCAGGAGACGAGACGUAUCUGGACAUCUUCCGCGACUUCUCCCUCAUGGCGUCGGACGAUCCAGAGAAGCUGAGCCGGCGCAGUCACGACCUGCACACGCUCUGAUCCUGCAUCCCGGCCCCCUCUGCCCCACCCCGCCGGUCCCUGGGCCAUUAAAGCCUCUGUGCUCUGCG